ACUGUUCUUGGGUUCAUACAGUCACCAUUACUACAUAAGUCCAAGUCCAAGAGAAGUUCAUCCGAAAUUUACUGGAGAAAGCCUAGCUAUAUAUCUCUGAGAAGCAUUCCAGAGUAGAGAGAUUGGAUAUUUUGCUUAGAAAUGGAUUUCUCAUACUUCUUGUUGUUUGUGGCUUUCAUCAUAGACCUUGGAGAAUGCCAAAGUAAUGGGUGUGCUGAAUUGCCGUGUGGAGCUCAUGGCCCAGUCAUCCGAUUCCCCUUCCGGGUUAACAGUCAGCCAGAGCACUGUGGGUAUCCUGGGUUUCAUCUCUCUUGCACUGAUACAAACGAUACAGUGGUUGAGCUGCCGAAUUCAGUCAAGCUUUUUGUCAAACGGAUUAACUACAAAUAUCAGGUACUUCAAUUAUAUGAUCCAGCUCAUUGUAUUCCAAAGCAGCUUAGGAGACUCAAUUUAUCUUCCUCGCCUUUCCAAUUCGAAGUAGAUUCCCCGUAUUACAGCCUUUCAGACUUUGCCUUCUUCAAUUGUUCCCCAAGAAAAGUAAAAUUCGAGUUUAUCCGUUGUCUUAGUAGCCCAAACCACCAGGUUUAUGCCUUCAAUGAAGGUAAUGCCUUCAAUGAAGGUUAUGACUUAAUGAAGUUACCCCUAUCAUCUUGUACAAAGAUGUAUACUCUUCCAUCAAUUCCAAAAACUACAGUACUCGGUGACGAUGAGAAAAAUCUUGAACUGCAAUGGUCCAGACCAGUAUGUGGACACUGUGAAGCAAAAGGCAAGAAAUGCAGAUUGAAGAAACAUAGCACUGAAUUAGAAACCGAAUGCUUCCUCGAAGGUGCAUUAUCAAAGUUAGCGAUCACUGGUAUCACCUUAGGUUCAUUACUAUUACCACUAGCUAUCUUUGCUCUCUACCGGUUAUAUACUUAUGAUAAAGUAGAAAAAGAACAUCAAGCAAAGAUCAACAAGUUUUUGGAAGACUACAGAAAUUUCAAACCCACAAGAUACUCCUAUGUCGACAUUAAAAGGAUUACAAGUCAAUUUUGUGAAAAGUUAGGUGAAGGAGCAUAUGGAAUAGUAUUCAAAGGAAAGCUUUCCCAUGAAAUUUACGUUGCAGUAAAGAUCCUCAACACUUCUAAGGGAAAUGGGGAAGAAUUUAUAAACGAAGUAAGAACAAUGGGUACAAUCCAUCAUGUGAAUGUAGUUCGUUUGGUUGGCUUCUGUGCUGAUGGAUUUAGACGAGCUCUUGUUUAUGAGUUCUUGCCAAAUGAUUCACUAGAGAAGUUCAUAUCUUCAACGGCCGCCAAGAACCCCAUCCUUAAUCUGGAUAAGCUGCAAGAUAUUUCUCUUGGCGUAGCUAAAGGAAUUGAAUAUCUUCAUCAAGGAUGUGACCAACGAAUCCUCCAUUUUGAUAUCAAACCUCACAAUGUUUUGUUAGACCAAAACUUCAAUCCAAAAAUUUCUGAUUUUGGUCUUGCCAAGUUGUGUGCAAAGGAUCAAAGUGCAGUGUCCAUGACCACGGCCAGGGGGACCAUGGGUUACAUUGCACCCGAAGUGUUCUCUAGAAAUUUUGGGAAUGUGUCUUCUAAAGCAGAUGUUUAUAGCUUUGGAAUAUUGUUACUUGAAAUGGUCGGAGGGAGGAAAAAUGUUGACAUUACUGUUGAAAAUAGUGGCCAAAUCUAUUUUCCAGAAUGGAUCUACAAUGUCUUGGAACAAAAAGAAGAUAUACGAAUCUUUGUUGAGGAUGAUGGAGACGCUAAAAUUGCAAAGAAGCUUGCAACUGUAGGACUCUGGUGCAUCCAAUGGCACCCAAUGGAUCGUCCUUCCAUAAAAGAUGUUGUUAAAAUGUUGGAAGGAGAUGAAGAUAAAUUAAUUAUGCCUCCUAAUCCCUUUGCUUCUGCUGGCCAUGUAAAAAAUAAUGCAAAUAUACUAGUAGAACGUCAAAACCAGGAGUUAGAGGUCAUCCCAGAAUCAGAGUAAUUGUUUGUAUACAUGGUGUAUGUGAUAAUAAUAUUUUGCAAUGAUCUUGUACUCUUAAAACUUA